GCUCUUCAUGUUGAUCUGUGAGUAAAUCUGACCUCUUCAUCAGAGCGGAAGACACUGAUCUCUGCUGCUCCUCCAGACUCCAUCAUGGACAAAACUCCAGAGAGUUCUGCUGGACUCGGGAUCAUCGCCAGUGAAAUCGUCAAAACUAGUGAGGACUGCCGAAAGCGUCACACAGUUGACCUCCGGCCCGCUCCUCUCUUCCGUGCGCUGGGUCUGACGGGACUGUCUGCUAGUUUACCGCCCCACCGUCGCCUGCGUUCAGUCUUAAACACGACCCGAAGCACAUCGGGUCAGUCUGUUGACCGUCCUGACCCGUUAAUGGAUCGACCUCACCGAAAUUCACCCUUAAAUGGACUCAAAUGCAUUCAAGACAAGCCACUGCCCAAGAUUUUACAUGCAAACCAUCAAAAAGAUGAGAUAUCCAUGAAUAAGGAGCCACCACUGGUCGGCGUUCAGCGCUGGCAUCACGACCAAAGGACAGCGAGGACCCGCGGCAGAGACACAGGAAUUAGGACUGAAAAGGAAGAGUAUUUGUUUGAAGAAGUUUGGCGGGAACAGACACCAAAGGUGAUGCGAAAAAAGAAAAAUAAACAAGUAAAAAAUGAGGUGUCAGACUUCAGCCUGUGGAUACAGAGUUUAGAAAUAACAGACAGCCAGAGGAAACAAGCCACAAAACGACACCGGAGCAACUCUAGUGGGCGUGGCAACUGGGCGGAGUCUUUGUGUAAAGGGGCGGGGCAAACACAGAGAGACCGACGCCCACACUUCCUGCCGCCCAUCACUCAAAGCGACUGCUUGCUUAACGUCCCUCUGCUCCUUCCAGACAACUCCCCGCCUCCGUCGCCCUGCUCUCCGUCAGAAAUCCUGCUCUUUCCUCUGUCUGUUCCUCACAUCCAGCCUUUUCCCGGAGAGAGGAGAGGAGACACAGCAGCUCUACACGACUGACACUAUCUCUCAUUUCAUGAA